GAGCCGAAGUGCAAGACUUUCCUUCUGUCUGUUGACCUCCUCUCCACCUGCUAUGGUCCUCUACUUGCACGGCUCUAAUUUAAGCACCACAAACAGCUCAAGCCUAAGCAGCGACGCGACCCUGCGCGACUCCACGACGCCCCACAGCCGCGAUGGGCUGAGCCGGAGCGGCCACACGGCCGUGGCGGUGUGCCUCGGCUUCAUUCUGGUGGCCGGGAUCCUCAACAACUCUCUGACGCUGCUGGUCUUCGCAAGGUUCCGCUGCCUGUGGACACCGAUCAACCUCAUCCUGCUCAACAUCAGCCUGAGCGACGUUCUGGUGUGCGUCUUCGGGACGCCGUUCAGCUUCGCCGCGAGUCUGCGCGGUAGGUGGCUCAUUGGAGAGUUCGGCUGUAAGUGGUACGGGUUCGCCAAUUCCCUUUUUGGCAUUGUGUCCCUGGUGUCCCUGUCAGUCCUUUCCUAUGAGCGCUACAACACUGUGCUGCGUUCCUCUAAGGUGGACGUCUCAGACUUCAGGAAGGCCUGGCUCUUCAUCGGAGGCACCUGGUUCUACUCGCUCCUCUGGACGCUGCCGCCCUUCCUGGGUUGGAGCAGCUAUGGUCCCGAAGGUCCCGGAACCACUUGCUCUGUCCAGUGGCACCUGCGCUCACCCACCAGCGUAUCCUACGUGCUGUGUCUCUUCAUCUUCUGUUUGCUGCUGCCACUGAUGCUCAUGGUUUACUCUUAUGGACGAAUCCUGUUUGCUAUAAGGAGGGUGGGUAAGGUCAACCUGCUGGCCGCGCAGCGCAGAGAGCAACACAUUCUGCUCAUGGUGCUGUCCAUGGUGUCCUGCUACAUGGUGUGCUGGAUGCCCUAUGGAGUCACGGCGCUGAUGGCCACCUUCGGCCGGUCGGGGCUGGUCACUCCCCUGGCCAGCGUGGUGCCGUCCAUCUUGGCCAAGUUCAGCACGGUGGUCAACCCCAUUAUCUACGUGUUCUUUAACAACCAGUUUUACAGGUGCUUCGUAGCCUUCAUAAAGUGCAGCGGGGAACCACACUCUGUUCAUGGAGAGGAACAUCCAGCUCCAAGAAAUCAUCAGUCGGAUGCCUUUCAUGGUCGGAAACCAGCCUCCUCCAGCCCUUCGCAGCCUCAGUUCCUCUGCAGCAGAACCGCCGCUCCAUGCAGCUGCCGCAGCGACAGAAACAUCCUGUUUGUCCAUUACACACCAUGAAAGCUUCACAAUCACAUCCGUCAGUGGUCGCUUCCUUUUGGGUUUUCAUUUUGGUUGUUUUUAGACAUUUAUAAAUAUUAUAUGUAUUUUCUGGUCAUUAUUACAUUGAAGAUUCUCUUGAACAGUGGUUCCCAAAGAUUUUCUGGGCCCCCCUAUGGAUUCCAAUAAAAUCCCCCCCAACAAAGAAAAAAAAUUCAACUGGGCACAC